AUGGUUUCAUACACCCUUAAUUUUGCCUUUUCCCGCAGCAACGAACCCCGCAACGUCUUUUUCAUCUUCUUCCUUCCAUCUACACCAAGCUGUUUUCCUCUAUACACCUUUUUAUUUAUUGACAUUACCUUGUUUAAAACCAGCUCGUCGGCCUCGAAAUCAAUUCUGUCCCGCAAGUCCGGUGUCAUUGUCGGCGAUGACGUUCUCCGUCUCUUCGAGUACGCUCGUGAGAAGCAGUUUGCCAUUCCUGCCAUUAACGUCACCUCUUCCUCCACCGUGGUCGCUUCUCUCGAGGCUGCCCGCGAUGCAAAGUCUCCAAUCAUCCUUCAGAUGUCUCAGGGUGGCGCUGCCUACUUUGCUGGCAAGGGCGUUGCCAACGGUGACCAGUCUGCUUCCAUUGCCGGCUCCGUUGCUGGUGCUCACUACAUCCGAUCCAUUGCCCCCGCCUACGGUGUCCCUGUCGUCCUCCACACUGACCACUGUGCCAAGAAGCUUCUUCCCUGGCUCGAUGGCAUGCUUGAUGCCGACGAGGCUCACUUCAAGGCCACGGGUGAGCCUCUCUUCAGCUCUCACAUGAUUGAUCUUUCCGAGGAGCCUGUCGACUGGAACAUUCAGACCACCGCCGCUUACCUCAAGCGCGCUGCGCCCAUGAAGCAGUGGCUCGAGAUGGAGAUUGGCAUCACUGGUGGUGAGGAGGACGGCGUCAACAACGAGGACGUUGACAAUGCCUCUCUCUACACUCAGCCCGAGGACAUUCUCAACAUUUACAACACUCUCUCCCCCAUUUCUCCCUACUUCUCCAUCGCUGCCGGUUUCGGCAACGUCCACGGUGUCUACAAGCCCGGCAACGUCAAGCUGCACCCCGAGCUCCUUGGCAAGCACCAGGCUCACGUCAAGGCCGCCAUUGGCUCCAGCAACGACAAGCCUGUCUUCUUUGUCUUCCACGGCGGCUCCGGCUCUGGAAAGCAGGAGUACCUCGAUGCCAUCAGCCACGGUGUCGUCAAGGUCAACAUGGACACCGACAUGCAGUUUGCCUACAUGGCUGGCAUCCGUGACUAUAUGCUGAACAAGAAGGACUACCUACUCACUGCUGUCGGCAAUCCCGACGGGGACGACAAGCCCAACAAGAAGUACUUUGACCCCCGUGUCUGGGUCCGUGAGGGUGAAAAGACCAUGGCCAAGCGCGUUACCGUCGCGCUCGAGGAUUUCAACAACGCCAACCAGCUGUAA